ACAGAGCCCAGCGCAGCGAGCCGGGCCGGCAUGCCGAGGCAGGGCGUGGGCCAGGAUGAGUUCAAAAGACGCCGGCGGUGCCGUGUGCCAAGAUGGGGCGUCCUAUAACCUCCACAUUUACCCCCAGCUCUCAACGGAGAGCACCUCCUGCUGCCGGGUGACUGCCACCAAGGACGCCACCACCGCCGAUGUCAUUCGGGAUGCCAUUGGCGCCUUGAAGCUGGACGUGUCGAAGCACUACGUGCUGGUGGAGGUGAAGGAGUCCGGGGGGGAGGAAUGGGUGCUGGAUGGGAGCGACUCCCCCGUCCACCGGGUCCUGCUGUGGCCCCGCAGGGCCCGGGACGACCACCCCCAGCGAGAGGGCUACUACUUCCUCCUGCAAGAGCGGAACGCCGACGGGACCAUCAAGUACUUCCACAUGCAGCUGGCCUCGGAGGGGGAGCCGGAGGGGGAGGAGGCGGCCGCCCGGCGGCUGGCUGAGAGGGGCUUCCUCCCCUGGCAGCAGGAGGACUUCAACGACUUGUGCAACCUGCCCAGCCUGACGGAGACCACGCUGCUGGAGAACCUCAAGCGGCGCUUCCUGAAGCAGAAGAUCUACACCUACGUGGGGAGCAUCCUCAUCGCCAUCAACCCCUUCCAGUUCCUGCCCAUCUACAACCCCAAGUACGUCCAGCUCUACGAGAACCACCAGCUGGGCAAGCUGGAGCCCCACAUCUUCGCCAUCGCCGACGUGGCCUACCACACCAUGCUCAAGAAGCGCCUCAACCAGUGCAUCGUCAUCUCCGGGGAGAGCGGCUCCGGGAAGACGCAGAGCACCAACUUCCUAAUCCACUGCCUCACGGCCCUCAGCCAGAAGGGCUACGCCAGCGGGGUGGAGAGAACCAUCCUGGGAGCGGGGCCCGUGCUGGAGGCCUUUGGAAAUGCAAAGACAGCCCAUAAUAACAACUCCAGCCGCUUUGGGAAAUUCAUUCAGGUCAACUAUUUGGAGAAUGGCAUCGUCCGGGGGGCCGUCGUUGAAAAGUAUCUGCUUGAAAAAUCUCGUUUGGUCUCUCAGGAAAAGAACGAAAGGAAUUACCAUGUGUUUUACUAUUUGCUGCUUGGUGCCAGCGAAGAGGAGCGCAAGCAAUUCCACCUCAAGCAGCCUGAAGAUUACUUCUACCUCAACCAGCAUAACUUGAAAAUCGAAGACGGAGAAGACCUGCAACACGACUUUGAGCGGCUAAAGCAGGCCAUGGAGAUGGUGGGGUUCCUGCCGGCAACCAAGAAACAAAUUUUUUCAGUGCUGUCUGCUAUCCUUUACCUGGGAAACGUCACCUACAGCAAGAAGGCGGCUGGUUGGGACGAGGGGCUGGAAGUGGGGCCCCCUGAAGUGCUCGACAUCCUUUCUCAGCUUCUGAAGGUGAAACGCGAAAUCUUAGUGGAAGUGCUGACAAAAAGAAAAACGGUGACCGUGAACGACAAGCUUAUCCUGCCCUACAGCCUCAGCGAAGCCAUCACUGCCCGCGACUCCAUGGCCAAGUCGCUGUACAGCGCACUCUUCGAUUGGAUAGUUCUGCGAAUUAACCACGCUCUCCUCAACAAGAAGGACAUGGAGGAGUCCGUCACGUGCUUGUCCAUCGGGGUCCUCGAUAUCUUUGGCUUCGAAGACUUCAAAACCAACAGUUUCGAGCAGUUCUGCAUAAAUUACGCCAACGAGCAGCUGCAGUAUUACUUCAAUCAACACAUUUUCAAACUGGAACAGGAGGAGUAUCAGAGCGAAGGAAUAGAGUGGCACAACAUCUCCUACACUGACAACGUGGCCUGCAUCCACCUGAUCAGCAAGAAACCCACCGGCCUCUUUUACCUCCUAGACGAAGAAAGCAACUUCCCUCACGCCACCAGCCAGACCCUCCUGGCCAAAUUCAAGCAGCAGCACGAGGACAGCCGGUUCUUCAUGGGGACCCCGGUCCUGGAACCCGCCUUCAUCAUCCAGCACUUUGCAGGCAAAGUGAAAUACCAGAUCAAGGAUUUCCGCGAGAAGAACAUGGACUACAUGCGGCCGGACAUCGUGGCCUUGUUGCGAGGCAGCGACAGCGCCUACGUCCGCGAGCUCAUCGGGAUGGACCCAGUGGCCGUUUUCCGCUGGGCCACCCUUCGGGCUGCAGUCCAAGCCAUGGCAGUCUUUGCAGAAGCCGGCCGCCAGAAAGCUCAGAAGACCGCCGGUGUGGUGCGCCAUGGGCCCCGGAUCCCCCUCGGAGAACUGCAGCAAGCCAACACCCCGAUCGAAAGAGCUUACCGCCGCUCAGUGCUUGAUUUCUCAUUUGAUUACUCUGAGGAUUUUCCCAUAAUCGCUUUCGAAGACAUCCUAGCUUCGUACGGAAGCAAGAAGAAAAGUAGAGGGGCCAAGCAAAAACAGCUCAUCCCAAAGAACCUGCUGGACUCCAAGUCCCUGAAGCUCAUUGUGAGCAUGACGCUGCAUGACCGCACCACAAAAUCCUUGCUGCACCUACACAAGAAGAAGAAGCCACCUAGCAUCAGCGCUCAGUUCCAGACUUCCCUCAACAAGCUCCUUGAGACCCUGGGGAAAGCGGAACCGUUUUUCAUCCGUUGCAUCCGCUCCAAUUCUGAGAAGAGGGAGCUGUUCUUUGACGAGAGGCUGGUGCUACAGCAGUUGAGAUACACCGGGAUGUUGGAGACCGUGAGAAUCCGGCAGUCCGGCUACAGUGCCAAAUUUACCUUCCAGGAUUUCGUAGACCAGUUCCAAGUGCUGCUUCCCAAGAACACCAAGGCCACCAAGGAGGAGAUCUCCACUCUGCUGACCAAGUUGGAACUGGACACCAGCAGCUACCAGAUAGGGAAGACCAAGGUGUUCAUGAAGGAGGCCGCGAGGCAGCUGCUCCAGGACACCCUUCACAAGGAAGUCAUCCGGAAGAUCGUCCUCCUCCAGAGCUGGCUGCGGAUGGGACUGGAGAGGAGGCGCUUCCUCCGGAUGCGCCAGGCGGCCAUCUCCGUGCAGGCUUGCUGGCGAGCGCACCAUGUCCGGAGGGCGAGAGAGAGGGGUAGAGCUGCGGUCUGCAUCCAGUCGGCCUGGCGGGGCUACAGGGAGUGGAAAUCUUACCAGCAGCAGAGGAAAAGGAUUUGCUUCCUGCAGGCCGUGGUCAGGGGACGCCUGCAGCGCAAGCGAUUUCUCCAGAUGGUUACAGAGGGGCAGGAAAAGGAAGCCGAGCAGCACACCGACCCCGGGCAAGAGAACCGGUCAAGUUCGGCAGAGGAACCUGCUCCGGACCAGGGAGCUGCAGAACCCGAGAUGCAGCGGAGUAAGAGCCCCGGAACGGUGGCCGAGGACGAGCCAGCAGGGAAACAGGCGCCACCUCCCCAGAAAAGCGCGGCCAGCAGUCGGGAGAAGCGGGAAUCCCGCCGGCAGAGGGGAUUGGAGCACAACGAGCUGCAGAACAAGCAUGUGGCAUUUGCGUUGGAGGGGCAGGCAGGAGCCCUCAGCAGGGAAAGCAGCCCCCUUCGAGAGGAGGAGGGGGAGCCGGAGGGCCAAGGGCCAUUGGAGGAGGCCGCCUCACCCAAACCUUCUCCCGAGGGCCCCACAGUAGACCGGGCUCAAGAGACUGGUGAGCCGCCCCUUCCUUUGGACAACGGUACUUUGGUUUUGAACCCCCCCUCCAAAUCGCAGGAGGGAGGGGCCAGCGUGGACACGAACGGGCUGGGGAGGCCGGAAGGCCACAAGAGCCAGAUCCGGGGCAGCCAAAGCUUCGUGUGUCCCGAGAGGCCCUCGGAGCUGGCCCUCAACCUCCAGAACCACCUGGCUGCCAGUAGGAGCUUCCGGGGCCCUGCCAAGCUGUCCGGAGACAGGCACCAGCCAGGGGCCCCGAAGGAGCUGGGCAGCCCCACCUCCUUCCAGAUCCAGCGGUACCAGGACGACAUUGAGAAGCUGCGGGACAAGCGGGAGCGCUGGAAGGGGAAGAGGCACCUGGGUGGAGGGCAGAGCGACGCCCUCAGCCAGUCCCUGGAGGAGAGGAGCCAGCCCUACCCAUCUCCGCCCCUGCCGCUCGUGAGGAAAGAGAUGGCGUCUUCCCUGGACGACCUUCACAAGCUUGCCCCGCUCACCCCCGCUGGCCAGCAGUCCCCAGACGCCUUGGACAGCUACGGGAGCAGCAGGAAGCAGCUCGUGCCGAGGAAGGCCGGGGAGCCGCCUGCCGCCCUCGACGUGGCCGCCCCGGCCUCGGUGCCUGGCCAGCAGGGGGACGGCAAGUCCGCAUUCAAGAUCCCCCUGAGGAGGCUCCUGGGGAAGAAGACGGAGAAGAAGACCUUCAAGGACAGCUCUGAUGUGGUGGAGGAGGGGGAGGCUGUCCCUCUCCUUUCAUGUGUGCUGGCAACUGAGGAAAAGGUGGCGGAAGCUACUUCCUGGCAUCUGAAUCACCCCCAAGACGAGGAACGUCCCACAAAGGAAACGGGCAAAGCCAAGAGAACCCGCACCCUUAAGAUCAGGAAAGCCAAGACGGCCCCUGAGAAGUGGCGGGCGCCUUUCUCGCGAGAGAUUGCCAAUGCCAACGAGCUGAAGUACUUGGAUGAAUUCCUCCUGAACAAGAUCAACGAUCUCCAUUCCCAGAAGUCUGCGGGCGAGUGCUUGUUCUUUGAGGCCACCGAAAAGUUCAGAGGGAACAUCAAAACCAUGUAUUCUGCCCCUAACGGGCAGAUCCAUGUUGGCUAUCAGGACCUGAUGGACAACUACCAGCUCCUCGUGGUCAACCUGGCCAAGCAGAGAGAAGAGAAGGACGUGAAGCUGGUCUUGAAUCUUUUCCAGUCCCUCCUGGACGAAUUUGCCCGCGGCUACGCCAAGAGGGAGCUGGAGCACCACAAGCAGAGCAAAGCCCAGAAAAAGAAAAGGAAGCACGAGCGCGUGAUCGAAGAGCUCCUCGGCCACGUCUUUGUCAGCUACCAGGUGAACAUCCUGCAGUCCUGUGAGCUCUGCAGCUCCUACAUCUGGCCCAUGGAGAAGGCCUGCCUUUGCAGCAUCUGCAAGCUGACUUGCCAUAAGAAGUGCCUGUGCCGUGUCCAGAGUAGCUGCACCUCGUGCUCUGGGAAGAAGGAUGACCAGGAUCCAGAGCCUCGUCACUUUGGGGUGUGCGUGAGUGCCUUGACCAGCGAGAAGAACUCCGUCCCCGUUGUCAUGGAGAAGCUGCUGGAGUACGUGGAGAUGCACGGGCUCUACACCGAAGGCAUCUACCGGAAGUCAGGCUCGGCCAAUCGUAUGAGGGAGCUGAAGCAGUCCCUACAGGCGGACCCGAACUCGGUGCGGCUGGAGAAUUACCCGGUUCACACCAUCGCGGGCAUCUUCAAACAGUGGCUUCGGGAACUGCCUGACCCGCUCAUGACGUUUGCCCAAUACAAUGACUUCCUCCGGGCGGUGGAGCUCCCCGGGAAGCAAGAGCGGCUCAGCGCCAUCUACAGUGUCCUUGAGCAGCUCCCGCAAGCCAACCACAACACCCUGGAGAGGCUCAUUUUCCACCUUGUCAAGGUAGCUCUGGUGGAAGACAUCAACCGUAUGUCCCCCAACGCCCUGGCCAUCGUUUUCGCCCCCUGCCUCUUGCGCUGCCCGGACAACUUUGACCCCCUCACGAGCAUGAAGGACGUCUCCAAAACGACCAUAUGUGUGGAGAUGAUCAUCAAGGAGCAGAUGAGGAAGUACAAGAUCAAAAUGGACGACAUUUGCCAGCUGGAGGCCGAAGAGAGCAUUGUCUUCCGGCGGCUGUCGCUACUCGGGCAGAACCCGAGCAAAAGCCCCCCCAGCACCAGAGCAAACAACAGCAGCUCCCCCAAGCUGGUUUUUCUACCAGAGGAAGAGGAGGCAGCAGAAGCUGACAACCGGGAGAAGGAGCUGCUGAUGGAGCGGAUCCAGUCGAUCAAGGAGGAGAAGGAAGACAUCACGUACCGGCUGCCGGAACUGGACCAGCGGGGCUCCGACGAGGAGAACCUCGACUCGGAGACCUCAGCCAGCACCGAGAGCCUGCUGGAGGACCGGGGCGGCCCGGUGGAGCACGCUGCCCAGUGUUAA